GGGUUGGGAAUGCGGCGCAUGCGCACGUCCCCCCUCAGACCAUCCGUCCAGGAUAUUACGAGGGUACCCAGGAGAGUGGAGCGUGAUUCAGUCCACAGAGUCGGAACCGGACCGAGGCGGCGAGGAAGCGCAUUUUCCAACCGGAGGAGAUGGAUGACAAAGGGAAGAGGAAGGAUGAAAACGCAAACGACGACGACAAAGUCACGCUGAAGAAAGAAAUAGGACUUUUGAGCGCGUGCGCUAUUAUCAUCGGGAACAUCAUUGGCUCUGGGAUUUUCAUCUCACCUAAAGGUGUGUUGGAGCAUGCAGGCUCAGUGGGACUGUCACUCAUCGUCUGGGUCUGUGGAGGAGGGAUUUGUGCACUUGGGUCCCUGUGCUAUGCUGAACUCGGUGUUACAAUCCCUAAGUCUGGAGGAGACUAUUCAUAUGUGACGGAAAUAUUUGGUGGGCUUGUGGGCUUCCUGUUGUUAUGGAGUGCUGUCCUCAUCAUGUACCCAACCACACUGGCCGUCAUUGCUCUCACCUUUUCCAAUUACGUCCUGCAGCCUGCUUUUCAGAACUGCCUCCCUCCGUUCGUCGCCACCAAACUCCUUGCCACCAUCUGUGUCUUGUUCCUGACCUGGGUGAACUGUUCCAGUGUGCGCUGGGCGACAAGGAUUCAGGAUAUUUUCACUGUGGGGAAACUUCUGGCUCUAGCGCUCAUCAUCGUGGUUGGACUCGUCCAGAUCUUUAAAGGUCACUACGACGCCCUCCAGCCCAGUGUGGCCUUUGAGUUCAGUCAGGACCCCUCAGUGGGGCAGAUAGCUCUAGCCUUCCUCCAGGCCUCCUUCGCUUACAGUGGUUGGAAUUUCCUCAACUAUGUUACAGAGGAGGUCGUGGAGCCACGCAAGAACCUGCCCCGUGCCAUCUACAUCUCAAUCCCUCUGGUGACCCUGGUCUACACAAUGACCAACAUUGCUUACUUCACCUCCAUGACUCCAGAGGAGCUGCUCAGCUCCAACGCCGUGGCGGUGACGUUUGGGGAGAAACUGCUGGGCGUGUUUUCUUGGGCGAUGCCAAUCUCUGUGGCUUUGUCCACUUUUGGAGGCAUUAAUGGAUACUUGUUCACGUCCUCCAGGUUGUGUUUCUCGGGAGCCAGGGAAGGUCAUCUGCCCUAUCUGCUGGCUAUGAUCCACCGGAAAAACUGCACACCCAUCCCUGCCCUGCUGCUCUGUUGCAUUGCCACCAUACUCAUCCUGUGUAUUGGAGAGACGCACAACCUGAUCAACUAUGUGUCCUUCAUUAACUACCUGUCCUAUGGGGUGACCAUCGCUGGCCUGCUCUACCUACGGAAGACCAGACCCAACCUGGCCAGACCUAUCAAGGUGAACAUCUUGGUCCCGAUCAGCUACCUGAUCUUCUGGGCCGUGCUGCUGGGCUUUAGUUUGUACUCGGAGCCGGUGGUGUGUGGCCUUGGGAUGGUCAUCAUGCUGACCGGAGUCCCUGUUUUCUUUAUCGGGGUUCAGUGGAAAGAAAAACCCAGAUGGGUUUAUCGGCUGGUUGAAAAGGCAACGUACCUGGGUCAGAAGGUGUUUUUUGUAGUGUUUCCACAGGAAGACUCCUCAGAGACUGAACCCCUCACUGCCAAAGCCACGGACUGAGCAGCGAGGUCACCCAGGCCGUCUCCACCUGCAUUCCUGGUUCUUGUCUUUAGGUUUUCAAAUUGUUUAUCUCGGCCACCUGUAAAAUAAAUGGAUUCAUUUAUGUUCUUGCACAGGUGCCACUUGAAUGAGUCUGUGGUGAACUCCCAAGUUAAAAAAAAAUACUUUUGAAAUGAUUAUGCAAGCAAAUUCUGCACUUUGCCAUAUUUUUAUUACUACCGCUGCUGACUUGAGCACUUUUACACUAAUUAUUCACAUAAUGUUGCUUCUAAGUCAGCUGUAGAGGUGUUUCUGCUCUGCUUGGCUCCAGAUUCUGGGCAUUGUUCCAUGCAUAACAUCCUGUUGUUUUUCCUUCGGUCUUUUGCCUUUGGUGCCUUCUAUAAUAUUUGUCUGGUGCGGUUAGAUUUGCUGCUCAGAACAGAGAUGGAUCAACUAUCUUAGCUGUAUUACUGCCACACAUGAAGGCCGGUGGUAUGUCCAGUCGUUGACCUCACCUUGUGUUCGUUGCUCUGUGAAUGUCACUGUGACCCCUCUAAUGAUGCUUCGCCAGCCAGGACGUUACUGUUACUACCAGACCUGAGUUUUAACGUGUUUUGAUACGGUACUUACCAUUAGCGUGUUGUUGCGUAACUUUAAUCCACACUGACAGAAAGAAGGGCAGCUGAUGCUGGAUGUGUAGUUGUGCAUCGCAGACUCGCUGAUCCUGUUUAAAUCAGCCGACUAAUGACAGUAUCCAUGCUGUUGUGUUGACUCUUCACCACUUCUUGUAUUUGAGUCUUGUUUGUUGACUUAUUGACGGACUACGGUCCAGCUGAAACAGGAAGCUGGGUGUAAAUUUUACUGGUCAAACCACCUUUAACGCAGCUGUUGUGCUGCUGCCUUUACCAAGUCUGGUCAUUUUGUCCCAGGAGAUAUUAGCACCUCUGAAUUAGCCGUGUGUGUCAUGAAUCCAACAAAGCAAAACGGGUUUGGGUUUUUAAAGCAUGUCAACCAGAAAGUUGGCUCUGGAAUGAGACUUAUGGUGCCUAAAGGUGCUGGUAGGUUUUUGUGCAUCAGAGCCAUGAAGAGACCCGUUUGUCUGUCGCCUCCAUGCGCUUGCUAGUUCUGACAUUUGUAAAUACUGUGUAAAGAAAAUGAAAAGUGCCAGGACCUCCUACGACCAUCACAUUCCUCACAUGUUGGGAGAUCUCCAUCCUGUGAGAUUUAUACGCGCACCUGUCUGAAGUUGUGCAAUGAUAACAAUGUAAUUGUUCAUUAAAAUAGCAACUUCUAAGAAGCAAA